AUGGCGGGGGCAUCGGCAGAAACUACAUCUGAUCCGCGUCAAGAACAGCAAGGAGCCCCGUCAACGAGCGAUGAAGCUCGCGCACCACCACAGUGGUUGCGCCGAUCAGGUCGACUGCAGUCGCUGCGCGCAUCACCCGGCACAGACCACGGAGCGCAGUCCCAAGCUGUCCAACGCCCGCAACUCCACCCCGCGCGGGCGCAGCCAACACGGGCGCAAGGAGCUCGGCAAGCCGGUCAGCGGCAUCCGAGCACUCUUCCAGAGGGCCGCCUACCAGAGGCACGCCGCGAGACAGUGCCGCGUGACAAUACACCUAGAUCAGGUGAACGGCCCGCAAACCCUCAAAGAGGCGCCAAAGCUGCCCCAGCGACGCCUCAGGCACAUCCGCCGAAGGAGAUGGCCCCACCAGCGACUGUACCGGAAAAUCAGCAGCCGGAGGAGCAGGAUCCACGGGCAGUAGAGACGGAUACUGCGGUGUCACCGGUCCCCCUCCCGCGGUCACGAACUCCACGCCCGCCACAGGAGGAACCCAUGGCAGCCGCAGACGGUUCCCAGGAGCAGCAGCAGAUGCAACGGGAGCACGAGGAGGAGGAGCGGCAGACGAGGGAAGAGGAGGUGCAGGCGCAUAGGGCGCAGCUGGAGGAAGUGACACCGGCGCAGGAGCGACGCGCGGCGAAUUGCUCAGGCUCGCCUGCCCGUUCCGUUCCUCGCACAUCGCGUCAGACACAACCUGCUGCAAGUCGGCCAUUGUCACCGGCUGAUCAUACACCCAGCCGCCACCGCGACCACGCCCUCCCCACCAGCCUCCUCGGCCGCCACGGGGAGCAGCCCAGUUCGCCUGCGAACCACGGCGCCGAGGAGAAUCGUGCCGCCGCUGCGAUGUCUCCCGCUCGUCACGUGGCACAGGGGAAUGAGGCUAAUGCUGCCAACGACCCGGGGACGGAGGACGUUGAGCAGGGGGAACGGCAGCAAGGGGUGCGGGAACAGGACCCGCCUGGACGGUCGGAGGCGGCGCUGGUGUCGCCGCAGGCAGAGAGGCAGGAGCAACCAGAGGCGACACGCGAGUCGACUGAACCUCUGCCGAGCUCAGGCCGGCGGUGGUGGCUGGAGGUGGCCGGUAAGUCGGGUCCGCAGCAACAGCAGCAGAAGGCUCCACGACAGGCGCAACCGGUGGCGGCACGGAGGCUACUCCAACAGCAGCAGACGACACCGCGACUACAGGCACGGGCGCCGACAUCCCCACGGGGACAGGUGGAACUACCGGCGUGGACGCAGGAGUGUGCGCAAGAUCGGACGCCGCAGCCAGCCCAGGAGCAGGCACAGGAGCAGACGCUGAGGCGAGCGCUGGAGCGGGCGACGACGCGGGCGCAGGAUCAGAUGCCACGGCAGGCACAGACAGCAACGCCACGAUGGGAACUGGCGCCGCAGCAGGCGCAAGGACAGGACCAGCCUGAGUCACGGAUGACGGCGCAGAUCAAGGCAUCGCACGGCGGACGAGGCGGCGGGCGAGGAGGAGCGACUGGGAGGGGAGGCGGACCAGAGAAUGGCUUCCAGAGGGAAGCACGCCAGGCCUUAACUCGAAGAGUUGAUCGAACGGAAGCUGAGGAAGAAGCAGAUGAUCCUACGUUUAUAGCUGCGGUGGUGGAGGAGUCCACCACGGAAGAGUCGGGGGAGUUAGAGGAAGAGGAACGAGAAGGUAGAAGCCGGGCACGGCCAGUACCACGCCAAGCCGCUCCAAUCUCAGCUGCCCCGGGUGGGGAGCCUAACCUGCAGGAACCGGACACCACCGCAUCAGAGACCCGCCGAUUUUCCCCUGAGCAACUGGCCAGAGACACAGUGUGGUUCGGCGAAGUUGAAAUACCCCUAGCAGCUGCCCGAGGGCGUCCCGCUGCGCCCGGAGGGAUUGAGACUGCUGGGAAGCUUCAUCGGCUUGGCAGAGGGUGCAGCGGCCUUCCUGCGGUCCCAUCUGGAGACAAUGUCAUCCCCGCUACCCCACCUAGCAGCAAUGGAUCCCCAGGUGGCGGCGCUGCUACUAACACGAUGCAUCUCCAGGCGCAUCUCCUACCUAGCACGCACCACCCCGCUGUACCUGUUACCCGAGGCGGAAUGGUCAAGCUGGGGACGGGCGCUGCUGAACAAAGGCAGGGGGAGGAGGCGGGCUUGGGACGUGCAGGAGAGGUGACGGUGGAAUUUGGGGCAUCGGGGGUUGAGGCGGCUGUGGCUGGAAGGGCAGAGGAAAACGACGUAGAGGGGACUAUGCUGGUGGACGCUGUGGUACCCAGGAUGGCAGGUGAAAUGAGGCAUGAGGAGGCUGCUGCUGCGGCGUCUGCGGCAGAGACGGUGGCGGAGCCGGCAUCUGCUGGCGGUUCUGCCGCUGCCUUUGGCGGCGGCUCAACUUCACCCUCUGCCGCCCCACGGGCUGCACAGUCGGAGGCUGAGGAGCCGAGUCCGGACGCGGAUCUAGAGCAGACCGCGGAGGCGGCGUUGUCCGCGUCGCCGGCACCUGUAACGGCGGCUGUGCUGGCCGCGGCGGUGUCCGUUGCGACUGGAGAGCAGGGCGGAGCCCCGGCGGCGGAAGACGUGACGAUGGCCGCAGCGAGCGCCGAAACGCCUGCUGCUGCCGUGGCCGCAAACAGGCAGGAGCACGGCCCUGUCGCCGAGCCCUCUCUCUCCGCCGACGGGACUGCAAGACUCACGCUCCCUCGCCCCGGAUCAUCUGUUUGA